AUGGACCUCACUGCAGUAGAUCACCGCAUACCUCUAAGUGAUGGAAACAGCAUUCCAAUCAUUGGGUUUGCUACCUACGCACACCCUAAAUUGACUCCUAAGGGGAGCUGUAGGGCAGGAGUGAAGUUCGCCAUCGAUGUUGGGUACCGGCACAUUGAUGGGGCCUACAUCUACCGGAAUGAGCACGAAGUGGAGGAGGCCAUCAGAGAGAAGAUAGCAGAAGGAAGGGUGAAGAGAGAGGAUAUUUUCUACUGCGGAAAGCUGUGGGGUACAGAUUUUGACCCAAAGAGAGUCCUCCCACGCGUGCAGAAGACACUCCAGGAACUCCAUCUAGAUUAUGCUGAUCUUUACAUCAUGGCAACGCCCAUGGCUCUUAAGCCUGGAGAUGAAAUUAUUCCUAAAGAUGAGAAUGGCAAUUGGAUAUUUCACCAGACAAAUCUGUGUGCUACUUGGGAGGCUUUGGAAGCUUGCAAAGAUGCUGGCUUGGUGAAAUCUCUUGGUGUAUCCAAUUUUAACCGCAGACAGCUGGAGCUAAUACUGAACAAACCAAGACUCAAGUAUAAGCCAGUCUGCAACCAGGUGGAGUGCCAUCCAUAUUUCACCCAGAGAAAACUCCUGGAAUUUUGCCAACAGCAUGACAUUCUCAUGGUUGCAUUUACUCCUUUGGGGAUCUCUAAGAAUCCAAACUGGUUGACUACAUACUUCGAACCUUUGUUAGAGGAUGAACUUCUAAAAUCAUUGGGGGAAAAGUACAAUAAGACUGCAGCUCAGGUUGCUUUGCGUUUCAACAUCCAGCGAGGGAUAGUUGUCCUUCCUAAAAGCUUUGACCCUGCAAAGAUCAAAGAAAACUUUCAGAUCUUUGACUUUUCCCUCACUGAAGAAGAAAUGAAGAGCAUCGAAGCCUUGAAUAGAGAUCUCCGCUUAGCGGGUCUGGACAAUUUGUGUGAUCAUCCUGAAUAUCCAUUCCAUGAAGAAUACUGA